GUUGAGAGAAGGUGUAUGACCAUUCGGGACCCGGGGACCGAUGAAGAGGUUAGCCAGAUUGUGGUACCGGCCAGCCAAGUCCGGGCGCUGCUGGAGGCAUACCAUGACCAGAUGGGACACCAGGGGCAGGAACGCACCAUGUCGUUGCUACGCCGACACUUCUAUUGGCCAGGGAUGGAGGUUUCUGUGAGUACGUUUAUUCAAGCAUGUCCCCAAUGUACUCUGUUUAAAUCCUGGCAGGAACCACGAGCACCGAUGGUCCCUAUCCACGCAAAGGCCCCCCUCCACAUUGUAGUGAUGGACUAUCUGACCCUGAGUCGUCCAAAGGACCGGUACCAGAACAUCCUAGUCGUGACUGACUUGUUUACCAAGUACGCCUGGGCUAUCCCCACCCUCGACCAGACAGCGAGUACCACGGCCACGGCGCUAUGGAGGGCGGUCUUCCAGCCAUUUGGGUGCCCGGAGUUCCUGCACUCGGAUCAGGGCCCAAAUUUCGAGUCCCGUAUAAUCCGAGAACUAUGCCAGCUGUACGGGUGUAUAAAGACCCAUACGACCUCGUACCACCCCCAAGAAACGGAGGAUGUGAGCGCUUCAACCAGACCCUGUUGAACCUGUUGGGAACUCUGGAUCAGAGACGCCAGGACGAUUGGGUGAGUGCCUUACCGAACUUGUUGCAAGCCUAUAAUAACAGCGUACAUAGUGCGACGGGGUAUGCCCCCACGUACUUAAUGUUUGGAAGACACAUUCGCUUACCCACAGAUCUCCUAUUGGGAACAUCGGGAGGUGAGAGAGAAGGGAACGUGACCGAGUGGGUAGGACGGCACCACCACCGUCUCCAUUUCGCCUACGAACAGGUCAAUAAGAAGAUCCAGGCAGCCGGGGAGAAGAACAAGAGGCUGUACGAUAGGACGGCGCGGGAUGCACCCUUGCUCCCUGGAGAAAGGGUAUUAGUCCGGGACAAUCGGCGACUAGGCGGAGGCAAGUUGAGUGAUCGGUGGGAGGCUAGGCCGUACAUUGUGCAGCGGCAGCAGAGGCCGGGGCAGCCGGUAUACACGAUCCGGCCAGAAGGGAAGCCCGGACCGGAUCGGGUGGUUCAUCGGAACAUGAUCCGCCCCUGUCCAAACUAUCCCCCACCAGCCACAGAGGUGGCUGCUAAGGAGCCAGUGGCCGCUGCUCCUUGGUAUGAAGGGUGGGUCAUCUUCCCAAGAGGUCCGGUAGAAGAGCCGGUCCAGGCGGCCCCAAGGGAGCCCGAGAACUUACCUGUCGUAGUGGGUCCAGCGAACGACGUAGCCCAAGAGGCUCCAGGAGAGCCGGACAACUUACCUGCUGAAGAAGCCCCAGAGCCCCUACCACAGCGCCCCCAGCGGGAAAACCGGGGGCGGCCGCCCAUCCGGUAUGGAGAGUGGGUCACAGGAAGCGGUUCUAGGGACUAGAACCAUUUCGGCGGGGGAGGAUGUCACAGGUGACGUUUUGUGAGGGCGGAACCAAAAGUGUGGAAGACGGGUUCCGCCCGACGAUGGUUCCGCCCGGACGUUUUAUUCUGAACACCGGGAUUUCCGGGGUUUCCCCCGAUUACGAAAUCAAGCCUGAUUUCGCCCAGGUGAGGGUAAUCUACACAGCGGUUGCUGAUAGGCUGAAGAGGAGAAGAGAUAGAGGAUAUAAAGACCUUUGAAGAGAUCAAACGGGGUGCUUGUUGUGUACUUUGUGUGCGCUGUGUUGCUGCUUUGCAGACGCUCUGUGCUGGCCUGAUCGUUCCCUUGGGGAAGUAAAGGAAGGAAAGACAGCUAGCGAAGGAAUAUUGGGAAAGUUUCACUCGUGAGUGAGCAAGAUUCAGAGCAACGGGAUUACAGAUACAGGAGGCUAAGGACAACUAAGAGUGAGUAAACAGCCAUUGUGUUUACCGUGUACUACGUUGAAGAAGGGUUGCUUGGUGUGUGUUUUUCUUGUGUUUGAGGUCCCUGGCCCCACCGGAGAGGGAAGCGUGGGCGAGCCGUGGGUUGACCGGAAACACGGAUGAGACAUUUGGAUAGGAAACGCCGUCUACGAAUCGAUCAGUGGCCCUGCGGGACAAGAAAGCGUGGGUGAGCCAGAGGAGUACCAAACAACACAUCAGGGCUGUGAGUAAUACAAAACCUAUUCUCACCGGUGACCAAAACAUCGGCCAACCAUCCUCCCGAGGGAAUCGAAGCCUGGUGGCUAAGUCCAUAUUUUAUAUCACGUGAAGUGUGUACAAGAGUGCUGUGGGUGAGUUUCACUUAUUACUUGGUGUUGUGCUGUACUUGCUGUGUGUAUGCUGUGCUUGUAGCGACCAAACUGCCGGCCUCGGACAAAUCGUGAGAUGAUUAUACCUGUUGUGGCCUGAGUCCUACGGAGAGAGUGUAAUUAAGCCUUGGCCCCGGGCGUGUUGGAGAGAGCUUCACUCCUCGAUAGAGCGGACAGUGGUGAAGCCCAGUGGUGGAUAGGAGUGAGUAAUUUCUGAAGUGCACUGUGCGGACUGAGGGUCAUAGUUGUGUGUGUGUUCGACCUAACCAACAGAAACUCGUGGUGGCGGAGCCUCAACGAAAGUUCGCCCCAACUCGGGACCCGGUCGUGGAAACAGGAGGGGGAGUUCGGGAUGCGUUCGGCUCCGUGCCACUGGACCCAUCGGUCCCCACGAAGCCCGAGACGCUUGAGUGGACGGGUGAAGGAAUACGGUGCACCAACGCUGUAGCGGAAGUCCACUGUCUGAGAGUGAGUACAAAGACCCCCAGUGCUGUGAGUAACACACCCUGUGCAGCUUUAUUUGAUCUGUGCUUAUAGCAACCACUUACCUGUGUCUAAACGAAAGCUCUGUGUGAACAAAGAUCCCCAGUGUUGUGAGUAACAUACCUCUGUGUAGUGUUAUCGACUUGUGCUUACAGCAACCACUUAUCUGUAUUUCAACGGAAGCUCUGUGUGGAACGAAGAUCCCCAGUGUUGGGAGUAACUUGCCUCUGUGUAGUGUUAUCGACUUGUGCUUACAGCAACCACUUACCUGUAUCUCAACGAAGGCUCUGUGUGGAACGAAGACCCCCAGUGUUGUGAGUAACAUACCUCUGUGUAGUGUUAUCGACUUGUGCUUACAGCAACCACUUACCUGUAUCUCAACGAAGGCUCUGUGUGGAACGAAGAUCCCCAGUGUUGUGAGUAACAUACCUCUGUGUAGUGUUAUCGACUUGUGCUUACAGCAACCACUUAUCUGUAUUUCAACGGAAGCUCUGUGUGGAACGAAGAUCCCCAGUGUUGUGAGUAACUUGCCUCUGUGUAGUGUUAUUGACUUGUGCUUACAGCAACCACUUACCUGUAUCUCAACGAAGGCUCUGUGUGGAACGAAGAUCCCCAGUGGUACGAGUAACUUACCUCCUGUGCAGUGACAUCAACCGGUGCUUAUAGCCAUCACUUACCUGGGCCUAAACGAAAGCUCUGUGUGAAUGAAGACCCCCAGUGUUGCCCUGUGGAAAACGAAGAUCCCCAGUGUGGCGAGUAACUUACCUCUGUGUAGUGUGUUGAUCUGUGCCUACAGCGACCACUUACCUGUGCCCCAGCUAAGGCUCUGUCGGGUACAAGGACCUCCAGUGCUGUGAGUUGUUUCCCUGCAUGGCCCACUAACGAUCUCUGCUUCCAGUAGCGGCUGUAGAGCGACGAACCUAAGGCACAGGAGAAAGAGGGAAGACGGAGGAUUAGAGUAACAGUAAGACCACAUCGAAUCACAUUGUGAUAACUCGCCUUUUUGAUUCUGCCUCCAGGAAGAAGCGGAGCGCGCCACGGGUUCUAGGACCAGAGCCCUAAAGGAGCCCCUGUCCCCCAGUCCUUGUCCCAAGUGGCCCUGGAGGCGAGAAGCAGACCCAUUAGUUUUAAAUUGCCCUUUCCCCCUUUCCUUUUAAAUAUUUAAUAAAGUUCAUUUUAACUGUA